UGUCCGUGGUUCUGAGUGGGAAUUGUUACUUGUCCUCAACAAGCAAUCUUAUGUCAUAAAACGAGAAUUUAAUGAGGAGUAAACAUACCGAAAAAGGAUCAGGCUGCAAGAAAAAAAGUGUUUUGUUGUGUUUGGUCGUGAUGCCUUGUGUUCACCGACAGGAGGUCACGUUUAACAACUUUGUUCAAUGUACCACUACAUCACUGCAUCACAACCAAUGGGAUACUGGAGAGCAGACCAACAUGUGAACGGGGAUGACGUUGUUGCUGGCGUAGGGCUGCAGUUUGGUGGCUCCUACUAAAUGAAUGCAGAGGGAAUGGACGAGCAUGACACGCUGCCGGUCGGACAGUGCGCACUGCUGACCCUCCGCUCAGUAUCACUUCAUCGGGAUUUCUUAUCACACUUCACUUCAGAGGAUUUCUGCCACUUUGGGUUUUCUUCGCAGGGAUAGUGUUGGGUGACCUCUCUAACUGCAUUCUUUAUUGUAGGACACGAGUGAGGACUCAGCAUGCUGUCCUCCCUGAAGACCCUGCUGCUGCUCUCGGUCCUGUGCACGCCGACCUCCAGCCUGUGCCUCCGCCUCUACCGCACCCGCUCCAACCUCCUGUGCGACGACCAGAUGGAUGUGGGGGUCCAGAGUGACGAGGAGGAGCUCCCUGUGGACGGCUGGGGGUCCCUUCUGCAGUCCGCAGAGUACCUCUCCUCCUCCACCUCCACUUCUGCCGAGUCCAGCCGGGAAAAAAGGACUUCAAGUCCCGCGAACUACCGAUUCGUUAGCCGGACGAAGCUCAGAGAGCAGCGGCUCCGAAACAGCAUCAAAGGCGACCGGAGGAGCAGGCUGACCCUGUCUCUGGACGUCCCGACCAACAUCAUGAACGUCCUCUUUGACGUCGCCAAGGCCAAACACAUGCGCGCAAAGGCGGCCGAGAACGCGCGCAUGCUGGCUCACAUUGGAAGGAAAAAGUGAUCAUGUUGGACAACUUCAGAUGUACAUUAUCUGCCAUGACCAGUGUUGGCCUCAAAUGUGAUGCAUUAUUCACUUUCAAAGUAUACGCUUUUGAUUUCUUUAUCUCUGGAAGAUUGUUAUAUUUCCACUCACAGUGCAGGUAAAAGAAGCAUUUCUAAGAAAACUGAGUAACUGUAACGUUUUUUAUUUCUGUUGUUCCAAUGAAAACAAAUGGGGAAGCCUCCAUCGGGGACGUAUGACCAAUAGUUGGAUGUAAAAUCUUUACAUUGUGACAAUAAUUGGCAUAUAAAUAUCGUAAAACUGUCAAAUGUACAAAGUGUUACUCUUAAAUUGACUCUUAAACGGAGACUGAGUGCUUUAUAAAAAAGAUCAUGCCUUCAAGGUGAGAAUAAUCCAUGUGUUUCUUGUGCUCUAAAAUAAGUUUUCUAGCAAUAAGGAAGUAGUUUGACUUGUAUCAAGAUAAUUGAUGUUUUAAGCAAGAGAACAUGGAUGUGUUUUAAAUUUGAAUGAAACAUGAAAUUGUCUCACCUUUCAGAUCUGAAAAGAAGACUUGAAACAGAUAUGAGUAUGAGCUGCAGCAAAGCAGGACUGCAUAUACAAUUUAAAUAAACCCUUAGUUUCUCUGUCUGUAAAAUGUCUGACUCAUCACAUUUUAAAACAUGGACUAAACAAAAAAGAACAAAGCUGUUUUCAGUAUCAAUUCUUACAUCCUUAGCGAAAUAUGGUGUGUUUUGUAACUCUGUUGCAUAAUCAUAACAUUAGACUUUAUAGUAUGAUGUUUUUCUCUCUUUGUUGUUUGAUUUAUUUAAGAAGUUUGCUGUUCUGAAGUUCACAUGGUAGCCUAUGAUGAAUCCAGAUUUGUGAAACAUCAUCAGAAAAAACACUGAAAUACUGUACAAACCAACUGCAAGAUCAUGACAUACAGUAAAAUGCAAAUGCAUGAGAAUGUAUGCGUUCAUCAGAUGUCUGUUAUUUUUAUACGCAAAAUAAAGGAUUAUUUUUCCUCAAAUAAA